GUCACGAAGCAUCUCUCCACUGCACAUUUUUAAUCCUUUUCAUUCCUCGAUUUUUGUAAAUUUUUAAAGCUAAACUUAUUCUAUCUAUAUACAUAUCUAUAUAUCAAAUGUCAACAGUCACACAUCCCGCCGCUUCUGCUCCUAACACGGCUUCCGCCGCCAAAACCAACAAAAAGCCAAAGGUCGGACUCGCAACACAUCUUCUUGCCGGCGGUGCCGCCGGUUUGGCCGAGGCCAUGUGCUGCCAUCCCCUGGAUACCAUCAAGGUGCGCAUGCAGCUCACAAACAUGCGGCGUGCGCCCUCAGCAGCCAGCAGCGCGGCCAUGCCAAAGUCAUUCUUGGGUGUCGGCCAGCGCAUUGUCCAACGCGAGGGCGCUCUGGCCCUGUACAAGGGUCUGGGCGCUGUCGUCACGGGUAUUGUGCCCAAGAUGGCCAUCCGAUUCAGCAGUUUCGAGCAAUACAAGUCCUGGCUGGCUAACCCCGAGACCGGACUGGUGUCGACUUCGAGUGUGUUCUUGGCUGGUCUGGGUGCCGGAGUCACCGAGGCUGUCACAGUGGUUACCCCGAUGGACGUCAUUAAGAUUAGGCUGCAGGCCCAGCGCCACUCGACCGUCGACCCGAUGGACGUGCCAAAGUACCGCAACGCCAUCCAUACUGCGUAUACUAUUAUCAAGGAGGAGGGCCUGAUGACCCUGUACAAGGGCAUUGCCCUGACGGCUCUUCGCCAGGCAACCAACCAGGCGGUCAACUUCACAUUCUACCAAGAGUUCAAACGCAUGGCCAGCAAGUUCCAGAAUAUCGACGAGCUGCCCAGCUACCAGCAUUUGAUUCUUGGUGGUGUCAGCGGUGCCAUGGGCCCUCUGUCAAACGCCCCGAUUGAUACAAUCAAGACGCGCAUCCAGAAGGCCACUAGCAUUGCCGGCGAGUCUGGGUGGACCCGCUUUGUUACUGUUACUCGUGAUAUUGCACAGAAGGAGGGCUAUGCGGCGUUCUACCGUGGUAUUACACCGCGCAUCCUCAGAGUCGCCCCCGGUCAGGCCAUCACAUUCAUGGUGUACGAGAAGGUCAAGGGGUGGAUUGAUGUGUGGAACGCGCGCUCCGCAAAUGUCCGCUUGCCCAGCGAAAAGUACGCCUAAAUCUAAGCAUUAGCAUGUGAACAAUACAACGUUUGAACUAAUAUUAUUCUGACAUAUUUGAUAUUUCACAUGUUUUGUGUUUUGUACUACGACAAAACUUGAGCAAAUAGAUAAAUUAAAUUAAAAACUA